AUGCACGUUUCGGUGUUGCAUUUCAACGACGUUUACCGCGUCGGGAAACAGAAGAUUCCAUCGGGGACGAUUGACGUCACCCAGUUUUAUGAACUCGUGAACUCCAUACGACGUUCCUGGAGUGACACUCGAAAUGGUCUAUUGCUGUUUUCGGGGGACGUGUUUUCUCCUUCAGUGGAAUCCUCUGUCACCAGGGGCAGCCACAUGGUUCCAAUAAUGAACAUGAUCUGUCCUGACGUAGCCCUUACCGGCAAUCACGAUUUCGACUUUGGGUAUCCGCAUUUGUGCAAGCUAAUCGCCGAUUGCAAGUUUCCCUGGAUUCUCAGCAAUAUCAUCGACGCCAGAUCGAAUGAUACUCCUGCUCAACUCGAGCCGUACCGGAUUCUCACGAUGCAAGGGGUUCGCGUGGGCGUGAUUGGACUUGUCGAAGAGAAUUGGAUUGCUACAGUCCCUUCUUGGCCUCGAGAGUUCAAGUAUCGGGACAUGGCCGAAGUUGCAAUCGAGCUGUCCCGAGGGUUACGGGACCCAAAUGGUGAACAUUGUUGCGAUAUUGUGAUUGCCUUGACGCACGCCAGGUUACCGAAUGACAUUAGUCUUGCCAAACAAUUAUUUGCAACAAACAAUGUCGAUGAAGCCAGGAAUCAUCAUGGCGUGGACUUGAUACUUGGGGGUCACGAUCACAUUUAUUACAUCGGUAGAGGUGUCGAAGAGUGGAAUAACUAUCAGCAUGCACCACAUGAACCUGGGACAGAAGAGGACAAUGGUGUGAGGUUAAUUAAGAGUGGAACUGAUUUUCGCGAUCUGAGUGAAGCUGUACUCGAAUUGGAGGACUCCCCCAUUGGGAGUAUUCGGAAGAAGGUGGUUGCACGAGUCAAAGCAGGAAAGCGACACCAAAUUAAUCCUGAUAUGCCUUCGUCAAACGAGAUGAAAGUUAUGUUGUCCAAGCUUCUGUCUGAUGUUUCCGCCUCUCUGGGUGCGCCUAUCUGCUACACGAUUACGGAGUGGGACGUCAGAUCAGAGGUUGUUCGCACGGACGAGUCUGCAAUCGGCAACUGGAUGGCUGAUGUUCUUAUGCAUGCGUACGAUGAUGCUGUAUGGGACACUGGGCAACGCGAAGGCGGCGCUGAUGGCGUUUUGAUCUGUGGGGGAACUCUGCGGGGCGAUUCACAAUAUGGGCCGGGAAACGUCACAAUCGGGGACAUCUUGGGGAUUUUGCCGUUCGAAGACCCGAUCGUUGUUAUCGAGAUUGAUGGUGCUGGCCUUUGGGAUGGGUUGGAGUCGGCUCUCAGCAUGUAUCCCAGCCAGGAAGGACGGUUCCCUGUCAUAUCCGGUUUCCAAGUGGAAUGGGAUUCUCGCAAACCCCCUGGGCAGAGAGUACUUGGGAUUUGGCUGACUGAUAGCAUCGAUUUGACAUCUGCACAGGCGGAUGUACGCAGAGGAGAGGCUGUCCCACGGAUAGAGGGUGGUCGAUUGUACAAACUUGUCAGCCGCCAGUACAUGUGUGAGGGGCAUGAUGGGUUUCUCGCGCUCCAAAGGCGCCGUUACCUUGUUGACGAGGAAAGUGGCGUUAUCAUGAGCUCCAUCAUACGAAAAUUCCUUCUAGGUUCACAAUACAUCUAUGUGAUGAAACAGUUGACAACCAGCGCAUUACAAGAUCAGGAGCACUUUGAUGACCAAACUAAAGAGGCGAUAGCGCAUGCCCGAGCAGAGUGGGAACACGGUGGCCAUUCACCCAUGACUGAAACGAAAAUGAGAUGGGUCGAAGCCACAACAAAGAUUUUAAGCUCAUCCCAAAGACAUUCCCGUCGAAACAUAAAAAAUGCGCUGCGCGUCGGGGGUAGAGAACACAUGUCAACGGUGGAUCCGUUUGAUGGACAAGGUGCCCGUGUAAAUGACUGCAGAGUCGCUCAGUCACCUAUGGUUGAUGGAGGGGGAGAGAAUCUGAUUCAUGUUCAACCUGUGAAAGAUGGUAGAUUACGAGAUAUAGGCCGUGCCUGAGUAGUCGUGUUCAGAGACUUAGACAAUCCCAAAUAUGAACACGUCCCAGAUUGUUGUGG